GAGAGAGAGAGAGAGAGAGAGAGAGAGAGAGAGAGAGAGAAGGGGAGAAAGAGCGAAUUGUAUGUAACGAGGGAGAGAGAGAGAGAGAGAGAGAGAGAGAGAGAGAGAGAGAGAGAGAGAGAGAGAGCGAGAGAGAGAGAGAGAGACCACAAGGUUCAACUUCGGAGAGAUUUUCACAGAAACAGCGCAACUGAGGCGGAGGGAGGCAAAGCGCUGUUCAGCACCCCGCUACAUUUCUGAAGGAACAGGUUGGACUGUUGCGAGGAAAACCUACAGGAAAAAACACAACAUCUAAAUUCCCGGGCCAUUCUAAUCACGAGGGUUUGAGGACUUCUGCGGAAGCAGACAUUUAUAGCUACAUUGACGGGUAUUGAGAUACGCAAAAUAUCUUCUAUCUUCUUUUUUUAUAUUUACAUUUUUAAAGAGGACAGAGACAGAAUAUAUCAAAAUCCAGAGUGACUACGGAAUACAACGAACGAGGCAGACACAUUUGGAAAAGUUGUUACCUGCUGCAGUUACGGAGGAAAUUAUCACCAAUUUACUGAAAGACUUUCACACCGCUACCGUCCUUGUUAUCGACAAAAACAAAAGUAUAAUCUGAAGUAGCUACUGCCCGUUUACCUUACACGGAGGGUAACUGCAAUGCUCUGUGCCGUGCAGUAACUAGCAGGCUACUUUCACACCAGUCGCAUAGAAAGAGCAAGUCAGUCUAACGUACUUUCGUGGUGGACGGAACCAACGGGACCACAGGAGCUGCAGAAAAUGAUUGCGCUUUAUCUUUUCCUUUGCCUUAUGGAAGCAGCGACCCAGGCGGCCUACUUCUCCCAGCAGCCCCAGGACCAGGUGGUCGUGGCGGGCCAAUCGGUGACGCUGCCCUGCGUUAUCGUGGGAUACCGAGGCAUGGUGCAGUGGACCAAAGACGGGCUGGCGCUCGGAGGAGAGAGAGACCUGCCAGGUUGGACGCGCUACUCCUUGAUGGGCGACGCGCUGUCGGGGGAGCACAGCCUGCUGAUCGACGCGGCCGAGCUGGCGGACGACGCGGUGUACGAGUGCCAGGCCACGCAGGCCAUGCUGAGAUCCCACCGCGCCAAGCUCACCGUGCUAGUGCCCCCGGCCGACCCCGUGGUGGAGGGGGGCCCCGUCGUCAAGCUGAAGGCCCACACGCCUCACAACCUCACCUGCAGGGCCUCGGGAGCCAAGCCUGCCGCAGAUAUCACCUGGUACAGAGACGGGGAGGUGCAGGAGACCGCAGUGUACGCCAAGACUCUAAUGGAGGACGGGAAGAGAGAGCUAGCCGUGAGCAUGCUCCCCAUCGUCCCCGAGGACAAGGACUCGGGGCGCACCUACACCUGCCGCGUGGUCAACCCCGCCGCCCCCGCCGGCCGCCAAACGUCCGUCUCCAUCAACGUCCAGCACCCCCCUGCGGUCACCCUGUCGGUCCAACCGCAGACGGUUAUGGAGGGAGCCAAGGUCCUGUUCAUCUGCUCAGCAUCAGCCAACCCCGAAAUCACUGGAUACAGGUGGUCCAAGGGCGGGGUCCCGAUCUCGGAGGCCAAUGGGGACAGCCUGGAGGUGACGGUGGACCACUCAUACUUCACCGACCCGGUGUCCUGCGAGGUGUCCAACUCUGUCGGCAGCACCAACGUCAGCACCCUGGUGGACGUUCAGUUCGGACCCAGGCUGCUGUCUGAGCCCAAGCCCAUGGUGGUGGACAUGGGGAUGGACGCGGCCUUCACCUGCUCCUGGACCGGGAACCCGCCCCUCACCCUGGCCUGGACCAAGCAGGGCUCCAGUGUGGUGCUGAGUAACGGGAACAGUCUCCAGCUCAAAGCCGUCACGCAGGAGGACGCCGGAACCUACACCUGCAAGGCCAUAGUCCCCCGGAUCGGGGUGGCUGAGAGGGACGUCACUCUCACCGUUAAUGGGCCACCCAUCCUCAUGGCGGAUGCCACGCAGCACGCAGUCAAGAGCUAAGGCAAGCUGGAGUGUCUGGUGGGCAGCAGCCCCCCUCCUGAUAAGAUUGUGUGGACCUUCGGGGACGUGAGCCUGGCCAGCGGUUCCUCGGGUCGUUUCACGGUCCAGACGGUCACCAGCGACCGCGGGGUCCUCUCCUCGCUCAUCCUCUCCGAGACCCUGGCCCAGGACUUCCAGCUGCGCUACAACUGCACCGCCUGGAACCGCUUUGGAACGGGCACCGUGUUGGUCACCCUCAAAGAGCAAGAGGCCGUCCCCGUCCUGAUCAUCGUGGGAGCCGCGGUGGGGGCAGGCUGCGUCCUCCUCAUCAGCGUCAUCACCCUGGUCUCCUUCUGCUGCAGGAAUUCUGGGAAAGGCAAGAAGGUGACACGCCUCUCUAAAAGCGACAUCAGAGUCCAGAUCGUGCAUAGCGACCACAACGCCACGCGGGGGAACGAUGAUGAGGAGGAUGUGAAGGAACCCAUGGCUCCCAACAGCAGCGAGUCUCCUGGCACAUCCCGGACCGAGCACAGCGACCUUCUGGAGGAAGAGGAAGAUGAGCGCUCGGACUUGAAGGACCCCACCAACGGCUACUACAACGUCCGGGCGCAGGAGGACCGGCACAUCCGCAGCGGCUUCUCGGAGUACGUGCCGAACGCGCGGCCGGUGUACACGCCGUCCCAGCUGCCCUCCCCCAGCCCCCUGUACGGUCAGCACAGCGCCACGCAGCCGCGGAUCUACGACUUCUCGCACCGCUACGCCACCACCACCGGGGGGCGCUCCAGCUACGAGCAGCAGCAGCAGCAGCAGCAGCAGCAGCAGCAGGCGGCGGCGGCGGCCUACCCCACGGAGCCGCUGUACGGGGGCUCCGCCUACCUGCCCGCCACCUACGGCCGCGCCUUCACCAGCUACGUGAAGCCGGCCGCCGCGUACGAGAAGGUGGAGGGCUACGAGCACUCGGACCAGGCCAGCAAGGUGUCCGGCUCCUCCCGCUUCUCCUACGCCUCGUCGCAGGUCUCCUCCCAGCAGUCCGACUACGGCCGGCCCUCCACCCAGCGCAUGCAGACGCACGUUUGACCAGGGGGGCCGGGGCCCCGCGGCCGCCCAGAGACCCUCACGCACACCUCCUCUCCUCCCCAGAAGAAUAAAGAAACGAAGUGACAAUGGAGAAAACUGACGGACACGGACGGACAUCUCGCAUCUCAACAUCGCCCUCACGGAUGUGAAUUUCUUUUUGGAGGGUGGAAGAUGUCGGAUAUUCGGGACCCGAGACAAAGGGUAGUCGUUCUUAAUUUAUUGUUGUGCUGUCGUCGAAUUGGUUUCGCGCGCUCUUGAUCAGAUGAAGCUUUCAUUCGUGACACGAAGAUGCCCAAUCAGAACCAUUGUCCUCAAUGAGGUGCAUUGCCUGGUGUUCGUUUUCUUGAAAGGUGUGUAAUUGAUCAAAUUUGCAUUAUCCCCAUCGAAGCCGUUUUAUACUUCUUCUGGAUCGAUUCAGAGACUUUUGUCUUGUGUCUGUAAGAGGCCUGAGAAAAAAAGAAAGACAUUGUGGUUGUUUGGUGUUUGUCGGCAUGCAAAGGAAAUCCAAGCACAUUGCUGUCUUUAUCCGUUACAAAUGGAUGGGGCCACACAGAAGGACUGGAAACUGUGAGAGAGAGAGCGAGAGAGAGAGAGAGAGAGACAGGGAGGGCAGCCAAGCGACAUUCGCUGGGAUUUGCCCAAUUAAAAAAAAAAAAUUAAAAAAUAAAAAUAGUGAAAUUAUAAAUCAGUAGGGCCCUCCCAAAUCAUUUGGGGAGAGGAUCAAAGGACAUAUUUAUACUGAAGAAAUUUGCCUGAGAGAUCACAGCUGAGGUGGGGUGGGUAAAAAUAAGUAAAAAGUUAAGCGGUCAGAGAGUGGCAGUUGGCAUCUUUCGACCAGACUUGACUUUGCAUUUUCCAUUUGUUUUUGAUGGUGAGCAAAGAUUGGGAGAUGAUACCCAAAGAAGGCACCCUUGAGGGGAGGGGGGCAGUGGUGGUGACCUCUGACCUCAGUCUUUACUUUAGGAUUAGGACUGUGUUCAGUACAGCAGCCAAACAGGCCUUCAAAAGAUAAAAUCUAGAAUAACAAAAAAAAAAAAAAAAAAAAAUGAACAAGAAAAAAAAACAGUACUGUUCCAAUUUCCAGGGCAGUUUGUUUUCGCUACAGGGUUGUAAACUUGACCGAAGGUGGAUUUCAGAUGACGACGACCAAGCCUGGGUCCCUAGUGGGGCAGCUGGAGAACAACCACGUGAUCAGUGAGAUUACCUGCCGUUGUUGCGAUACCUUUACAGACACUGUACUACCCAGGAACACUAGAUCACCUGUACAAAGGGAAAACAAAGUUCUUUCUAUCUGUUGCAUGCAGAUGAUGUGUCUAUAAGUGAAAUGAUUCAACUUUCGUUAAUGUCCAUUUGCAGUGUGAGAGAUUUGUAUACGUUACCUGACCCAGAUGGACACGGGUUCAAAAUGGCAGGAACUGUGCGCUGCCAUUUUCCUCUAAGCCGUUCCCAAUCCAAGAACGUCACGAAGUGUGAAAUGGAAGAAAAACAUUGCUUGUCUUUAUUUUUAUAUUUUAUAUAAGCCUUAAUGUACAGCGUGUAAGCUGCUCUAUUGUAUAGCAUCUUUUUAUGACAUAAAUAUAUAUUAUCUUAAUUGAUUUUAUCGGUUCACCAUUUCUCCCUUACUCCGUUUGUCCAUCACUGAAAGCAGAGACGAAGAAAGUUCCGGAACACGACUAAUUGCCAUUUUCUUUUUUUAAAAUAAUGUAUUAAGAUUUUUAUUUGCUAAAUAAAAGGAGCUAUUGUUGCUUGUAACUUUGUACACAUAUUUAUAUUUAAAUAAAUCCAUUUCAGAUAAA